AUGGCGGCACACUUCAGCUCUGCAGAAAACAUUUGUGAAGGAGAGAACUGUCAAUCAAUCACAGAUGUGACGUACUACGUGAAGGAGAAGAAGAAGCUCUGCGAUGACUGCGCCUCCAAAGAGGAAUGCAUCGGAAAAGCUAGAAGGGGUAGGCCCAAUCUAUAUUGUGAGAAGCAUGAUGGUGAAGAAAUCAAACUGUAUUGUAAAACACAUAAUGUGGCAGUGUGUCAAUUAUGCGCAAUGAUAGAUCAUCAUGACCCGUCUUGCGUACGACAGGAUAUAGAGGGCGCUAUCGUGGAUAGUAGAGCAAAACUAGACAUUCUGAAAGAAAAGGCAAAGGACAAAUUGGAGCUUUGUCGAGUUAUUGGAGAUCAGAUUCAUCAGUGUAAAAGAGACACCGACACCCAUCUACACGAUUUGAAAGAUGAAGUAGAGUCAGUAUUCAACGAGGCGAUCCAAACAGACAAAGACAAAGAGAAGGAGGAUGCUGCAAAAAUCAACCAGGAGACGGAUGGGAAGAAUCAGACACUUCAAGAUGAGAUUCAGAAAAUCAAGGACAAGAUUGGAAAGAACGAUGAAGAGAGAGAAAAACGACUUGAACUAAACCGUGCAAAUGGAGAGAGGAGACGAAAACCCAUUAACAAUAAACAGCAAGGUCUUCAAACAGACAUUAAGAACAUCGCUGAAGAGAAAAAAAGAAAGAUUAGUGAGUUGGAAAAAGCAUGGCAGGAUAACACAACAACCACAGAGACUACAAUACAGACACUUGAUACAGUACUCGAAAAUGAUAAAAAUGUCGUCAAAGACGGGCAUCAUGUGAAGAUUUCAGUGAGUGAUGAAAUAAAGAAGCCACUGAAUGAGGUUGAGGUGAAACAAGUCACUGAUACCAUAUCGGGUGUGAGUUUUGUGAAGGGUGCUGGGAAACAUAAGUAUGAUGGGAGGAUAAAUGGGUAUGAUGGGGAGUGGAAGCUCAUUGGUACAAUCAAUGUAAGUGAUAAAAUCACAGUCCCAACCGUUUUAGGAUACAUAGAAGAAUGCAAUGUGAUCAUCACAGAUAGAGUAUUUGGUAGGCUACAUACAUACAUGUUAAAUAUGAACACUAGAAACAGUCAGAGAGUUAUAACCGGUAGUGCUACAUUAUGGAUUCUCUCCUGUGCAUUGCUGAAUGAUGAUAAGGUAGUAUGCGGUAAAUACAGUAAAGGGUGUACAGGGGGCACUUUGAAUGGACUCAUUAGUGUGUAUGACAGACAAUGGAAUCACAUCAAUGACGUCACAAUACCAAGAAACACAACGCGUGAUAACACAAGGGUGGAUGUAGCUGCUGACAAUGAUGGGAUGAUCAUCGCUGCUGAGUGGGGUCAGUCUAAGAUAUACGUCAUAGACCCAGCUGGUGGUAAGAUCACAAAUACCAUCACAUGUAAACAGAAAAUAACAAUGCGUGGUGUACUAUCAUCAGGUCACAUCAUCGCUCGACCCUCACCAUCAGAUCAUAGAUUGUUCAUCAUCGACAGACAGGGUGCUCAGAGGGAAAUCCCCCACAGUGGUAUCAUCCUGAAUGCCUGCCUCGAUCCUAUGACAGAUGACCUUUACGUCGUGACAUCAGAUGAUGAGUGCAAGACGUGUGUGAUUGAUCAGGUGACGAGUGGGAGUGAUAUGAAGAAGAGAAGAGUAGCAUCAUUCCCCCUAUCAACUAGAUUGGGUAAUAACAAGAUUCACUGUAAACAGUCUCGGGUGAUGAUGACGCCAUCGGGGAAACUGAUUGCUUGCGAUGGAGUAAACAUUCUCGUAUUCAAAAACAGAUUCACCCUCUAA